AUGGCCCACAGCUUCGGAGUCAACUUUGAAAAGCACCCAAUGGUUGCGCCUAUCUGGGACCGUCUACAGGGCCUUGAACAGCAAUUGGAUCGACUCGAUCUCGCAGUGAACGCUAUAUUGAAACACCUGAACAUCUCACUGCCCGACGGGAUUGGGCCGGCGGAUGGAGAGCCAGACGCCCUUCUCUCUACUUCUCAACCCGAAGGCGCUCCAAACUCACAGGUCUCUGACGGGCCGUAUGAAUACAAGGCGCUCGAUUUCGGAAAAGCCGAAAUUCGCCUGUUUGCCCUGCACGAUGCGGGUGAUGACUCGGAAGACAUUAGAGGCUCCGUAGUGCAUGUUAGUCUCGAGGAAAAUCAAGUUGCGCGACUGAGGAAGUACAACGCCAUGUCAUAUUGCUGGGGCGACCCGAGGAUGGAUGGGCGUGUCAUCGUCGACGGUCAUGUGUUUCGGGUCACACAGAAUUUGGAAAGCGCCUUGCGUCAGAUGAGGAAGAGAGCCGCAAAGGAAGCGGCGGCAACUAGGGCUUCUUCUCCAAAGACGUUCUGGUGGAUUGACCAGAUCUGCAUCAACCAAGGAGACAUUGAAGAGCGAGGAAAUCAAGUCUCAUUGAUGCGCCGCAUCUACAGGGGAGCCCAGUCAGUUCAUAUCUGGCUAGGCGAUGCUAUUGAGGGGUCUGAACUCGCCAUGGACGUUGUUAACAAGAUUGGUCGGCCCCCUACCCGAGGUCCUGGGGAGAAGGAAGUUGAAUAUCCAAGAUUUUCGGAAGGCGAUGUGCAGAAACAUUGGCAAGCCCUUCGUCUAUUGUUGGAGCAAUCUUGGUGGGAACGAAGUUGGAUCCGUCAAGAAGUCUCCUUGGGAUCGCGCACACAAUAUGCGGACAGCCUGGGCCACCGAAUCCCAGGUCUUUGUUCUGAUGUCGAUGACCGUCAAGCUGGAGACAGCAUGCUUGGUUUCAGCUUCUACCACCAGGCACGAAGCAUUCGUGCUUUGAGGAAAGCCUCCCACGCAGGUCGCUCCUUUCUUCCUCUACAGGAUCUGCUCCUUCAUUUUCGCCACUGCAAAGCUACAGAUCUGAGAGACAAGAUCUAUUCGAUGUUGGGACUGGCAGAUCCGGAAAUUUACCUUCUCCGAGCAGAUUAUCGACUCUCUCUGCCCGAAGUGUUGAAGUCGGCAGCUCGCGCGAUCUUGCCACAGAAAAAUGGGUUGCGCCUUCUGGGUGCUUGCCAGAAUCAUGAGCGGUGCCACGACCUACCAUCUUGGGUACCUAACCUGAUCGACGACUGGAAGUAUCGCCCCUUCGAAGCUGACGACGCGAGGCACUAUAUUUCCACCGCAGAACCAAGCGUCAAAUUCGAUCAAGACACCCUGCUUGCCAAGGGGUUCAUCUUGGACUCUGUGACCACAAUCUGCGAUACCGUCGUCCCGCAUAGUGCAACUACAGGGCAGCUCGACGAAUUGUACCAGUCGUGGCAACAGUUCACCGAGAAGGCACAAGAGGCUGGACACGUUGAGGUUCAUGGAUACCAAUACGGAGCGAAAUACGGCAUCCACGAGAGAAAGGAUAUGUUUUGGGUCAACUUCCUCUCCACAGACCGAAUGGCCAGCAGGCAUCUUCGCUACUCACCCAACGAUAACACCACCCUUCUCUCCGAGCGCGAAGACGGGUUGAAAAUGCAGUACAUUGGCCUGAAUCUGAAACUGGCGCAGAGUUAUCUACUUCCCGCUUCAUCUGAGUCGAGUUUGCAUCCGCUCCGACCCAUUCGAGCGGCAUUGACGAAGUACGGCGUCGGUCGACGAUUGGGAGUCUGCGCGGGACAGCAGACACCCGUGCUCCUGCCCGGAGACGCCAUACCAGGUGAUGCGAUCGCCGUCUUCAGAGGGGCCACAUUUCCAUACGUGCUGCGAAAGCUGUCCGGAGCCGAAGGAAUGGUCGAGCAGUAUGUGCUGGUCGGUGAGGCGUUCUUGCCAGAAACAGCAGUAAACAAGGCGAUUGCUUAUGCUCCCAAGACGAUGGAUGCGAUCCACAUUGUCUGA